CGUAGCUCUCGGGUGACCACGUGAUCUAAACCCGGCCGUAUGUUGGAACGACCGCGACAGGCUGGUGGCGUAAAGUGGCUGUGUUUUGCGACGAGCUUGUCUGCGUUGUCGUGUCGCUGGAGCAGGAGAGAAGUUCUGACGAUGGCAAGCCAGUUUUUUAAGAAACUGAUGCUAUUUGGCAGCAAGCAUCGAGUCAAGUUGUUAGCUGUUUCCUGUGGAGGAUUAUUUGCCACCAAUGUUUUCUGUCAUGUAUUUCCCCAACGGACAUAUGGAAAGUUGUAUCAAGCUUGGUCAAAGGGAGUGCCUGCUGAACUUCCAGACAGGUUGCAAGAUACUUUCCAAGAGGUGCUUAAGGAUGCAGGAGUGGAGUCUGCACAGAAUUAUACAGCCUUCGCGGCCUUCAGCUUUCAACCUGUGAGUGCAGGUGUGCCCUGGUUGCCGAGCGGGGCCCUGAUUGGCAUCCCUGUCAACUUCAACAGCACAGGUGAAGAUGGGCAAGGAAUAACCAAUCGAAUUGUCAUGAUUAAUGGCAGGGACAUCAAGUGGGACAGUGAGGUGGGAAAAUCUCUGAGAGAGUCCCUCACCUUUUCAUCUGAUGCCCAGAAGUUUGCCAUCGCUAGAGAGGUUAUGUAUUUGCAGAGCAACGGCCCUGUCCUUCAAUCCGUGGUCGCGCCGGCCUGUUUGGCAGGCACGUACAUGACUGCCCUGGCAGUGAAGCAAGCCCUUGGCCUUUACUCCGGCCCCUUUUUAUUACGAGCCUUUUUCAACCUGGCUGCGGCAGCGACAGGAUUUGUGGGCUAUUUUCUUUUAUCUGAUGCAGUCAAUCACUGGUUUGACUACAGAUCAGACCACCAGACAGCUACAAUAUCCAAGAGAUACGCCAAGGGAGGUAUUGAGUUUUACGAUAAAAUUCUUGCACGGAACCGAACUUUCCGUUCCCUACUAGGCAAGAUGGGAAUGGAAAUGUACGCCACAAAUGGAAACCUCUUCCCAAAGCACUGGUUCCGACUAAAACAUGCUCCCUACACCGCCAGGAAAGAGAUGCUGGAAAACACUCUGAAAGAUUGCUGAUAUAAAAUCGAUCCAAUGGUAUUUAUUGGCAAACCUCCACGUGCCACUUGCAAUUUCCUUCCGUUUCACUUGACUCUCAUCCCAAUUUUGUGUUUCGCUGAGCCUCUGCUUCCUCAGAGUUUCUCUGGGAACCAACUUCAUCCACUACCUCUCAUCAUUACAGACACGUGGUUAGGAAUGAAGCUGAGCAAAAAUGGAACGUGUCUCUGGCAUUUAUGAUACGUCAAAAAUCAAACUUACUCUCAACUGGCUUCCGAAUCUGACUCAUGCAGGGCUGAGUUAUUGACAUUGACAAAAAUGUUAACGUUCAUAUUGAGUUUUUGAAACAUAAAUAUA